AUGCCACAAAGAACGCGUCGAAGUGCACCGCGGGUCGGCUAUGACUUUCCCGAUUUGAGCAUCAGCUCGAUUCAAGGUUCUUCCGAUAGCGAAUCGAGAGUGAUCGACUAUCUGGACGAAUCAUCAUUUAUCAACGAGCUGUCUUUACUACGAGAAAAUGAGAUGCAACAGAAAUUUUCACAACAUGUACUACGACGCUCGUCAAAAAGCCCCUUUACUUCGCGGAUUUCGAAGUAUUCGAGUCGGUCGAAUGUGAUAGCCGAAAUUGAUGAAGAAGAAUCCUCUAGCCCCAUAUCGAAGAGAACAUUUGAAAUUGACGAGGAACAAUCGACCAGCUCUAUGCCGAGGAGAACUUCCUUUACAGCCAGAACACUCGACAUUACAAAUGUUUUCGGAGAUGUUUCCACCUCUGACGAUUGCGAAAUCAUUUGCGAGGAGGCUGAUUCUGCGGAGAUGCGUCGACAGGUUCUCCAACCGAUCACUUCUUUCAAUAAUGUAACCUUACCUUUUUUACAAGAUGUUAGCUCCAUUGUGCCACCUACAAGAGAUCAGAGUUUGGAAAUGUUUGACAAAUCUAGUUUGGACGAUGAAAACGAGCAACGAUCAUUGAGUCAUAUUAAUUGUACACCUUUAAAUGAGAGAUCGGCAUUUGUGGAUUCCAGCGAUAAAGCAUUUGGCGAACUUUGCUCUGAUGUUGAUUCUUUGGUAUCUAGCAAUGUGUGUCACCGCAAAAACCGAUUGCCGCCGUAUCGAAAAGAUUUUCUUGAACUUUCGACAAACAAUCCUAAAACUCUUAUUUUAAGAGGGUGCAGAGUAUUUGUGGAGCUUCAUUGUUGCACCGAAUAUGCAGCUAGACUACGAAAGCUAGUGCGUGAUAUGGGUGGACAGCUGGCUUCAAGUCUGCAAUCGCAAGUUACUCACGUAGUUUUUGGUUGUGGUGGAGAUAAUCAGGUGAUUGCAAUGGGGAUCCACCUUGGUCUCGAAAUAGUUGCUCCAAGCUGGAUCGAAGAUUCAUUUGCAGAUGGCUAUCGACGGGAUGAAAAGCCAUAUUCGAUUAGCGCCAUUGUUGAUGGCCCGACGAGAGAUAAAAUUCGCCAUUCAGUUUCAUUUCUCAACCAUGAGCAUAACUCCCAAGAACCAGAAGUUAUCGACCUAUCUCCGGAUGCGAACGAACAAGCUAGAGUGGCACUGUCAGUUCAACCACGCCGAAGUUCCGCGGAAAGCGAAUUGCAACGCAUUUUCGAUCAGAGCUCUCCUGCAUUGCAAAAAUUGGAACGAUCUAUGAAUGCUUCGGAACUUUUGGCACUAAUCGGCAAAUUAAAUCUUCAACAAAGGCUCGAUCAGUUGCUCCGCUGCGAUUCGCAUGGUCACGGAGCUAGAUGCUGCUCUAGAUUGUUGCCACAAGGCGUCAGUUCAUUGAACAGCAGCCAUCAGUCGGAAAAUCAUGACCUUUUCGAACAUCAAAAUGCCUCCCCAGCUCACAACUCGUUUAUGCGUAAAGACAUUGAUAAUGUACAAAAAGGGCAGUUCUCAAAACCAGCACCAAAGAAAGGAAAAGUGCCUGUGAAACGUGGACCAAAAUAUGUACGCCCAAGAGAGACUGUGGUUGCCUCGCAAGUUGGAAGGAUUUUUGUCGAUAGGGAGGUAAAACGACGGCGAUCUAUUGGAGGGUUUUCUCUUCAAUUUCGAGAUUCUCAAUCUUUGGCGGCAAAACAGCAACAGGCCAACUUGAACGAAAAGCUGGCAGUCUCUGGUCUUCUAAAAGUUACGGAGCAAAAACCGAAGAAUGUACCGAUGCAAAAAAAAUCUCGAAAUCGCAAGAGAGCUCCACCAAGAAGGGAUUCGAGCCCUAUUGCACAUCUGUCUCAGGCUCUUUCUGGAAUUGCAAUCUCAAACGAUCAACGAAAGUCAAACUCUUUAAAUGUUGGACGAACCCAAAGCUUUAUACGAUUCCGAAAUAAACUUCGCCUACGGGGCAAGCAGAAUAACGUUCGACGGCCUCGUUUGUCAAUAAAUUCAAAUUUGACAGGUAACCAAAGUUCAGCCGAACUCUGUGAUCGUCCUCGACUGACGCCUCUAAUUGACACGGCUUCAUCGUUCAUCAACCGUGUAUUGGGUACAUCAUCUUCCGAAGAAUUCGUUUCACCACUAGCACAACGAGCCAAAGCGACAAAAAUUGUCUUCACGGGACUCGCAAACAAAAGACAAGAAGCUGCACUGAAGCCAUUGUUGGACACAAUUGGUUUGAGCUUCUCGAAGUCGGUCACUCGUGAAACAAGAUGUGUAAUUUCUGGAUCUGGCGCCCGCACACUAGCCGUUCUUCAAGCCGUUGUGGAUGAGAUACCGAUAGUAACGCCGAAAUGGCUCGAAGAUUCUGCUGCACUCGGGAAACUCGUCAAUUAUCGAAAGUACGUGUACGAAGAUUGGGAGGAUCUUGUUGAGUACCGUCGUCGAGACCUAGUAUCUGGUGUGUGCAAAUUGUUGAGACCGUUGGGAUCGAUUUUUGUUCACGACAAGUGCACAAAGCCGUUAGCUGCUGAUUUACGCGUGUUGAUUCGCAAAUCGGGAGGAAUAAUUGUAACACUUAUUGAUAAAGCUGAUCUGAUUGUUUGCCCUGAAGAAGUAGUUCCACCGAGACCGCCUCCACAGACUCAACCAUUAGUGACACUAGUCAACGAGAAAUAUAUAUUGGAUUGUAUUACUCGAAAUGAGGUUCUCUUCUUUGGUGGUUAUUCGAGACCUUUACCCGAUGCUUCAUUUCUCUCAUCGGACGUCGAUAAUGGCGACGGUGAUGGUGAACUAUUUUCCGAU